AUGGCAAACAGGGCUGAGGACAAACGUAUGGAGAAGCUGGAAGGACACUACACUAAGCCAAAUACGGGCAGUUCCAUGGGAGAAGUAGAAAAGUCACAGAAAAUGAAACCGAGUGAGAGUGACAGUGAAAAGCUGGUUCACUCAUUGCGUGAGGUUGAAGACGACAACAAGGAUUCCACGGCAAGCGAGGAGCCCUUCCGAGAUACUGAAACAAAAAUCACCAGAGCUGAUUAUAAGAAAACUGUCAAACUAACGGAGAAAAUUGAGGGUGUGAAGAAAAACAAAAAAGAUAAAUUGUACCACGGAUUGGACGAAAAAUCAUCAGGUGUGGAGGAGAAUACAACUGUGUACCCGACUGUCUUAGAUGAAACAGCCGAAGUUCAAUCAAACGACAAACCCACCGUCGUGGACGCACAACAAAUCUCGCAAAAUUUGGAAACAAUCGAUGAUAAGCCAUUGGAAACUGAUAUUCAAACAGAGAGAAAUUCCGAACCGAUCGGAGAAAUCCAGGAUGACGGAAUCAGUCGGAAUUUGAAGACAUCGAGCGAAUCGAUUGAUCCCAAAGUGAAUAUCACGGUGGACGAAGAGGAUGAAACUAUUGAACUACUGAAGAAACGGACCACUAUGAACACGGACAUCGGCGUGAAGAUAAACGAAGAGGUGACUGAAACCAGUGCGGCAGGCCCUGAUUUGAAACAAGAGUUGCCAGAAUCUGAAAGCGCAAAGGACGAAGUACUGAAACGAGUUGACGAAUCAGAUCCGGUCGAAACUGGCGGGGGAGAAGAUGCAGAACCUGCUCCUCUGAGCGGUGCGAAUGAGCAGGUCAUAUCUUCCAUUUCGGCGGACGAUUCCAUCUCAGAUUCCAAUCGCAAUAUCAGUGCAGAAGAAAAACAGAAAAUCUUGGACGUAUUGAGGAGCCGUUUGAAUGACAGUGUGCAUACGAUGGAUACUGAUAAAGACAGGGAGAACAGUGUAACAGUAACAACUUUGAAAGCAGUCGGAGAAUUUUCGGAAUCAGGUGAGAGAGAAGAGUCAGAAAACUGUCAGAGUAAAAAAGGGAUUCGGCAGUAA